AUGCGAAUUCUGCGGGAAGCAGCAAAAUGGGUCGAUCGGAUGCUUCAUCGGGGUUUCACCCCUGAUGCUGUAGCAUAUGGAUUGUUAAUGCAUGGGUUGUGUAGAACCGGGCGAGUUGAUGAAGCAAGGGCAUUGAUGUCAGCUAAGAGGCUUAGUUUGAAUACGGUGGGAUACAAUUGCUUUAUAAGUGCUGUAUGCAAAGCUGUGAAGGAUGAUAAGAUAGAAGCUGCUUUGAGACUGUAUCAGAACAUGUUAUUGGAGGGUGUAAUUGCCGAGACAGUAACUUACAACACAUUAAUCCAUGUUUUUCUCAGAAGAGGUGCAAUCCAAGAAGCACUUAAGCUUGUAAAUGAUAUGUUGUUUAGAGGAUGCCCUCUUGAUGAAAUCACUUACAAUGGCCCGAUAAAGGCACUAUGCAAAGCCGGGGCUGUUGAUAAAGGAACUGGGAAAGUAAAUACUGCCCUUGAGUUUCUAAGGGAUAUGACUCAUCGAGGUUUGACACCUGAUAUAGUCACCUAUGACAGCCUCAGAAAUGUUGGCACUGCAAGGGGGGCCUGUUUAAUGAUGCUUGUUUCAUUCUGCAUAGAGGAGUUGAGAACGGCUUUCUACCUAAUGAUGUUACUUGUAUGGCCUGGAAGCCAACUUUCAUCCUUCGGUGAUACCUCAUGCUUACAAGUCAAGUUUUACAAGCAUGGAAAACACUUCUCUGUUAAAAGCCAUGUUCUUGUCAUGGUUGCAGUCUACCCAAUCUGUAAAGUGAAAAUCUCAAAGGGAGAUGUUCACAUCAUCAGUCCCAUGUUUCUAAAUCAGAUGUUAAUUACUCCGAUAAAGAAAGAAGAACUUUUGAGGUGCUGUAAUGAAGUUAAAGAGGGGGAGAUGUUUGGGUAUAUUUAUUACAACCUAAAGUUAAACAGAGGGUUAUUGAGCAAUGUAAAGAUCAAAGAACCUGAGAGUAAUCUAUCUUUAAUGAUGGUGAUAUGGGAAUUAAAAAAUCUUUUGACCUCGAGUGCUGGCAGUAAUACUAGCACUUUGCUCCGCAAUCGAGUUCAACUACGCCAUGCACAGGUUUUGAAUGGUGGGAUUGUGUUUCAAGAACAAGUUUAUAAGGCGGUUGACGUGGCGAAGUUGAUGAUGUGGCAAAUGUAA